AUGAAAGUGAAGAAGUUCAGUGAUGUUCCACAUUGCAAGAAGUUCUUCCUGGAGGGGACAACUCCAAAUCUCCCAGGUAUUUUGUACGAUGGGAUAGUCAAGGACCAGAACCACUACAAGCCGAUCUGCCAGUUGUACAAAACAAUCUACAGGUUUGCAACUCUCUACGAUACGACCAACAGGAUCCCUGUGUUCUCAGCCUACACCUUCUCUGGUCCUCCUACAGACCCCAGACCAAAAGAUCCCUGGAUGAUGGAGCCCCAGCUCAACGAUGUAAACAACAGCCCUGAAAUGCAGAGAGAGGGAGGAGGCAAGUACCAAAACCAGGCUGGGAACUACGACUAUAGUAAAUUAAUACGAAAUAACCCAAUAGAUUAUAAAAGCGUGAACAGAGGUCAUCUCUUCCCAAAUUCAUAUGCGAAUGUCUUGGAAACUCAGGAGUCCACCUUUACCCUGACCAACAUCGUUCCCCAGGUGGAGACCUUCAACGGGGGCAGCUGGAAUGAUAUGGAGGAAAAGGUCAGAGAAAAGCUGAUGACGGACUGUUUUAGUAACAACAGGAAGAUAGAAGCCUAUGUGGUGACUGGAGCGGUGCCCAGUAAGAGAAACACACUGAACGACCGAGUGAACAUCCCAGAUCUCAUGUGGACAGCCUUCUGCUGUUUGAACAAGAAGAAAAAGUGGAUGGCCGAAGCAUACUGGGGGUUGAACAAGAAGGAAGACAAGGGGAAAACAUUGAACCCAGAAACCUUGGGAGCACUCGAAAAGGAGUUGAACAAAUAUCACCAAGGUAAAGAUGGUCCUGUCAAGGUGUUCCCAAAAAAGUGUCCAAGAGGUCCUUAACCUACCACUUCCUCCUAACCCAGUUGGAAGAAUUCAACAAACUGUCAACUACACUCUGGUUACAGUUACGGUUAGAUACCGGUUAUAA